AUGGGCCGAGUUCUCCUCAAAGCGAGUCGGCCUGUCAUCAUUCUCGGGGACAGUGGUGUGGGAAAGACUUCGCUGAUGAACCAGUACGUCAACAAGCGAUUCAGUAAUCAAUACAAGGCCACUAUUGGUGCAGAUUUCCUCACUAAGGAAGUCAUGGUCGAUGACCGCCUUGUCACUAUGCAACUCUGGGAUACUGCUGGCCAAGAACGUUUCCAGUCACUCGGAGUCGCAUUCUAUCGUGGUGCAGACUGUUGUGUUCUUGUUUAUGACGUCAAUAGUGCCAAGUCGUUCGAGACCCUCGACAGCUGGCGGGACGAGUUCCUCAUUCAAGCUUCUCCUCGUGACCCAGAGACAUUCCCCUUUGUGGUUUUGGGCAACAAGAUCGAUGUCGAGGAAAACAAGCGACAGGUAUCUCAGAAGCGUGCCAUGACCUGGUGUCAAUCCAAGGGGAAUAUUCCGUACUUUGAGACAUCGGCAAAGGAGGCUAUUAAUGUCGAACAGGCAUUCCAGACGAUUGCUAAGAAUGCCCUCGCCCAAGAGGAAGAAAUUGAAUUGUAUGAAUCCCCUCCCGUUGUACCUGUCGAGUGGAUAACUUACCAUAUCUUACUAACAGAUACACUGAGUAUCCGGAGCCUAUUAGAAUCGACUCAGACAACACUCAGAACUACGGUUGCAACUGCUAAAUAA